AUGCGGAACGAGCUUGAAGCCUUCUGGUUUCAACCUAGUUGGCCGGUCUGCGAAAUUCCUGAUCCUAAAGACCCAGAUCCUGAGCGCUAUGCCAUUCUAGCCGUCAUUCCAGCACUCUUAGUGCUUGCGUUCAACAAGAGGAUCGAACUAGGGUUGCCACGGGAUGCGCCUGCAAUUUUCACCAGGGAUCAAUUGGAUAAAUGGCGGGCCCGAGAGCGGGAGUACGAAAAGGAGCCGGAUUGGGCAAGUUGCGUGCCUCCUUGCAAACAGUUGUUGAAGACACCACACUGGAACAAUGAUCUGCGGGAAUUUGUCUCGAUCGAUAGUUUCGACGAUCACAGGACAUCUCAAGAAUUUGCGAAGAAGAAUAUAUUGAUAUUGCAGCCACAUAUCCAUUCCAUAUAA